CCUCGAAUGAGCAAUGGCAUAACGCCAUGUCAUGUAGAGUGACCAAAUGAGAAGUAGCCGACGAGAUUCGAUAGCGCGAAUAAACUCUUCUGUGCAUGAACGAGCGCCAUCAGCCCGUUCUAGCCUUCGCUGUUCGAGACUACAGCUGCUCAAGCCUCAACGUUCAGUUUUCUGACAUUUACCGUGCUGAUUCCUUGGCACUCCCGUUCCACGACAAGGUUGUCGUGGAAUUUAGCGGGUCAGAUAUUGGGAUGGCUGACCCACUACAUUUGCCGACAACAUAUUGACUCACCCGACCUCUCAUCAUUUUACAUUUCACAUUCAACUGCCUCUAUAUCGACAGCAAGCAUCAUGCCCACUCCGAGUCCAAACGGAUUAACCAAGGAAGAAGUUCAAGAGUGGUUAAACAAAAGAGUGGGCGUUGGAGAAAGGUACUGUGCCAAUCAUGCCCAUCUCCACGAAACGAAUUCACAAGCUUCUCCCAACAUCUGCAAAGCAGUAAGCAAAGCAGACUGUGCUCGGGCAUACAAUAUGAAAAAAGACGACGCUCUCCACACCCUAGCUGCUGCGGUGCUGCAGCUCGCAGUCUCGAUUGAGCAUCAAUCAACAGCAGACGCUACGAAAAGCAAAGACUAGUUUACAAAAUGACGAAAAAGGACGAAGAUAUGUUUGAGUGGAGACGCACAUUCUCCAGAGCAACGAACUUCUCGCAUCGACAAUGGGAAGUCAAUAAUUCGCAUGUUCGAAGGGACUAUCUCUUGAGGGGAUAGACAACCGCAUUCGCAAGGCAUAAGCGCUUUCGCAUGCCCAUCAAUUUACAGUUUCGAUAUACUCAACAUGCGGAAAACAAAAUGGAAUCAAGUAGAGAGAAAAAUAGAUGACAACUAGUUUGAAUGUAAUUUGGUUGGCGGCAAGAGACUUGAUAGACUUGAUGAUACUUGACAGCUACUCGCGAACACCUGGAAUGAGAUUGAUAUAAAUAAUGCUGUCUACCGACCACUCCGUCUCGGCGAAAAGAAAUGUCUGCUAGAUGUUCUUUAUAUUGAUGAUGA